AUGGCUGCCACCACCUCUCAGCCCUCUCUGAAGCGGCUGCUGGACGAGCCUCAAGACAACCUGCUGAAACGCAAGCACGCCCGCCUGGCCCCGCCCCCCCCCUCCCCCGGCCUGGCGGCGUGCCUCGGCCCCGUCAGCUCCCAGCCCAGACCCGGCCAGCGCCAGCCCCCGGCCAGGGUGGGGCCGUACCUCCUGUCCGAGCGCUGUGAGCGGGAGGAGACCUACCGGGCCGUGCACGCGCACACGCAGCAGCAGUACACCUGCCAGGUGCUCCCCCUGCUCGGCUACCAGGAACAGCUGGCAGCUUACAACCGCGUGGGAAAACACGAGAACAUCUGCGGGCCGCUGGACGUGGUGAUCAGGCAGGGCAGCGCCUACGUCUUCCUGCCCGCCCACCACGGCGACAUGCACGCGUACAUGCGCAGCAGGAAGCGGCUGGCCGAGGAGGAGGCGGGGCAUCUGUUCGCCCAGAUGCUGAGCGCCGUGGCACACUGCCACCGCCACGGCGUCAUCCUGCGGGACCUGAAGCUCCGCCGCUUCGUGUUCACCGACCGAUACAGGACGCGUCUGGUCCUCCUCGGCCUCAACGACUGCGUGGUCCUGCGAGGUAGCCACGACGACGACUCUCUGACCGACAGGCACGGCUGCCCCGCCUACGUGGGCCCCGAGCUGCUGACCAACGGCAGCGGCUCCUACUCGGGCCUGGCGGCCGACAUCUGGAGCCUGGGGGUGUCCCUGUACACCAUGCUGGUGGGGCGCUACCCCUUCCAGGACACGCAGCCCGCCGCGCUGUUCGCCAAGAUCCGCCGCGGCGCCUUCGGCCUGCCGGACUGGCUGUCGCCGCAGGCCCGCUGCCUGGUCUGCUGCAUGCUGAGGAAGUCGCCCGCCGAGCGGCUGAAGGCCGGCGAGCUGCAGAUGCACCCCUGGAUGAGCAGCGCGCACGCCGCCCACCCCAACGCGCCCAAGACGCACGACGCCCACAACCCCGCGCUGCCAGGGAAACCGGACGACGAGGACCAGGUGGUGCCCACGUGGAGCGGCGAGCCCUGACCGCCACGCCCACUCUGCGAGAACCCACACUGACCCUCCACCCUCAGACAACAGCUGUCCACCCAAGCACAAAGCUAAAGCUAGAAGCCAAAACGGGCCUCACAAGCGUAGACAAGACGAGCAGUCGAACAGACGACACAAUCCUGGAUUACUUGAACCUCGGGUGCCUUCUCCCCUCCGUAGCGGGCUCCGUUUAUGCCCCGCCUCCUCCAGACGGAGGUGACUCGCCCCCGGUUGCCUCCCCCGUGCCAAAAGAGUCCCACAAGCAGCCGGUUUCAACCGGCCUCAAACCAGACGCGUGUUCGGGUGCAUCCCUCCGGUUAAAGCAGGACAGAAGUGGCACAGUCAGACGCCGUGAACAGAAAUGAGAUUAUGCCCCCCCCCCCGCCUGAACACAACAUCUGAGUGAACAGAAACAAACCCCAACGUGGACUGUGAAGGAGACGGAGCUUUAAAUGGGGCACCUUUUUCACCUCAGCGUUUACAUUUCUCGCUCCUUGCACUGAUGCACAGACAGAUCCGGUCACUGGUCAGAAAACAGGAUUUUGAGUUCAAAAGCAAGCGUCCCCCGUCCACCAGAUGUGCACACAAAUGACGUUAUCUCAAGAUCAAAGCUCAACCUUUGGCAUUUCCUUUCUGUUUUUGGAGCUCUCAUAAAAAGACAUAAACAAGUGAAUAGUUUUCUUGUGAGGCUCCGUCAGCAACGAUUUGGGGACAUUCUGUCUACACGAUGGAAUGACCUGAAGACUUGUAAAGCAGAAAUGUAUUUCUGAUCAUGAGGAAACUAGAUCUGCUACUUUAGAGUAAGUGUGUAAUUCAGUCAUGGGUUAAAUUAUAGGGACCGCAUGUGGACUUAUAAUAGUGAUCUUGAGAUAACCGGACUAAAAUUACUCCUCGCAUUCAGUCUUGAGUCACUUGACUGAAGCUAAUUCUGCCCCUCCCCAAAAAAUACACCCUAUCGGCUGGCUUUUUGAGUGCGGUGUGAUCGGGACUUCAGUUCGGUUUGCUGCAAAGAUGGAGGCGCUUUCUAAUUGUUCUCAUCCCCGAAGCGAUUUUAGUCGGUUCCAUUAUUAACUCCUGCUGUUUUGACCUGAAAGUUCAUCACAUACUAACAUGUAACAAUAUUAUGCUGCAUGUAUGUUGUCUAUUUUUGCACUUUUGUAUAACUUAAGUAUUUUCUUUGAAUUAAAAUUAUUCAAAAUGUG